AUGUUCGUCCACACUCAUAUAGCAAAAUACAAAUCGUUAUCCACGGAGCUUCACACGACCACGAAUACCAGGACUUUCAUAAAGAGCAUAUCAGCUUCAAGUUGCCUUUCCAUCAUGGAAUCUCUCGAUAGCGCGUUACCCGAAGUGAGACAGGAUAUUGAACAAAAUAUUGCCGACCUGGAUGAUCUCUAUAGCGCGUUACUCCAAACGAGAUGGGAUAUUGAACAAAAUAUUUCCAACCUGAAAGAACCUUUUCAGCGCCUGAUCAACGCCGAGACAAUUGGUGACAUACGAAAAUAUCUUCUGGACCUUUCCCCAGCAUUCUGCGAGCUUCAUUUGUUGUUUGAUAGGCUGGGCGGUUUUACGUCGUGCGCUUUGGGAAUGGAUGUCGAAAAGCGAGAAUUGGAUGAGUUCAGAUGCCAUAUAGCCGAGCUGUGGGGAGACUACGGACAUGCACUGCAGAUGGAUGAUCCCAAAUCCUCAAGGCAACACCCACCCAGAGCGCUGCUUGGUGGAAAUGCUACUGGCGCAUGGGCCCAAUCUGAGUUCCCGGGCGGGAAGAUGCGGCCAAGUUCUAUCUUCCGAUCAGACACGCUAUUCUUUGCCAGUGGCGAGUUGUUGAGAAUGGAUAUCCGAUCUCUGUUGAAUCCUGUAGAUGAGGGAGAGAGGACGAGGAUCGCUGCUUUUGCAUCAACAAAGUUGAGGAACAGACCUCAGCCUCCGUUGAUAACCCAGAGCCAGGUCAAUUUCCCGCACAGGGCCAACAUCACCGAACUACCCAUCAGAUUGAAACAGCCGAUUGCGGGCCAUCUGAACACGAAGGACAUCGCACAUCUGGCCCGUACCUGCAAAUCCUUCCUCUCGAUCGAGCUAUGUCUUUAUGAGACCGUCAACUUGGACGCCUCCAAGAAGGCAUAUUUCCAUGUGUUAAAAUUGUCGGCAAUGAUCAAUAAAGAUUCUACCCUGGCUGGACAUAUCAAAACGCUCGAGAUCGGUGAUCUGAGAAGAAAGGAUACCAGACAGGUGGACGAAUUGGAUGAAUUGGUGAAAGCGGCGGGAUGGGAAACCAGCCCAUCAGCGGAUGAAAGCGUCGCACGCUUGCUAUCUCAAUUGAGCAGCCUUAAGUCAUUUUGCCUUAACCGCCUUCAUGGCGAGGUGCAUCUAACCACCUUUAACUUUGCCACACUGCCAACCCUGACCAGACUCAAAGUGCCGGCGGAAUCCCUAGUAUCGCGUCCAUCACCCCUAAUCCAUCAUCUGCCUCCCACAUUGGAAUGUCUUUAUGUGAAAGAGGCGAACGAUGAAGUGAACGAAGACACCUUGCCCCAAUUGCUGAUAGACUAUAUCACCGCAGCUUCAGCAAGGUUAAAGCUAGUAUCCAUCCAAUCAUACGCCAAAUAUUGGAAAGACAGAGCCGCCUCGUUGAACAACGCGUGUAAAAAUUGUGGAGUGAAACUAGGACUUCAAUACCGAACAGGAAUGCGUGAAGUCUGGAAUUCCGGUUAUAUAGCGGUUCUGAAAACCCAUGGAAGAAAGGGUCCUGCCAACAAAUCCCAUGACCGUAUUGACCAAGUAACAACCAUGGCCGAGAGCAUCCAGCAGCGGAGCUCUGUUGACUCUCGGGAAAACAUCUCAUCGAGCUCUACUGACUCAACGAGACCAACAUCUCCGGUGCCGGCGACACGCAUUUGGGAAUUGGCAGCUCACGGUUCUGUAUGCUGUGAGGAAAGCGCUGCCGGGGAAGCGGUCCAUAUCGUUCUCUCCAGGAAUGCGCUGAAUCUCCAACCUUCGAGAUCUGUACCGGAUUGGACUCAAUCAAUCUAUACAGUUCUUGCAGAGAGCCGGUCAAUAAUGCCUUUUCAGCAGAUGUAUAAACCUCUUAGUCAAGAGGAGAUGGGCUACAUCCGGAAGAGGCUGGAAGAAUAUACAGAUGAAGUGAGACGGCAUAUCCAUAAAUUAAAUUGGUUUGACUGUGCAGUAAUCCUCGCGGACGCCAGGACCCUAUUUUCAUAUAUUGCGCUCCUGGAGCCGAUGAUCAAAACCCAACAGACUGAGCCACGAUCCAAGAAGAGAAGCAUGCACCCCACUGGGACUGCGGGCCAGGAAAACUGUGGAAAGCGGCGGCGACGACAUUAG